AUGACGGUCGUAAAGCGUCAAUCUCUGGUCCUUGACAAAGCUCGUCAAGCACUCAAGCAAGCUGAAAGACUUGUCAGCUAUCUUGAGGCAAACAACCUGGAGGAGCCAAACUUCACUUCAAACUCCCCUGCUCACCCCGAGAACAGCGAGUACGAUGAGAUCCGCAUAGACCUCUCACAGGCGGCCCAGGAUCUCACCCUUCUUGCCAAUGGUCCUCUGCAGUGGAUUCGCACGUUCUGCUGCUGUCACCAUGAUAUGGCCGCUUGGCAGGUGGCCUUGCGCUUCCACUACUUCAGCAUUGUCCCGCUGGACCGACCCAUCUCGGUUAAGGACAUGGCUGCCCAGGCACAGAUGGAUGAAGACCGUCUGCGUCGUGUCAUGAAGUUCCUCACCACCCAGCGCUGUUUCCAGGAGAUUGAGAAUGAUCAGUUCGAGCACACGGCUUUGUCCGCCUACAUUGCACGAAACAAGGACAUUGAGCAAUGCUUUGCUUUCGAGGCCGAUGAAAUGUUUGAGGCAGCUUCGAUGACCGCUGCCUCUAUUGAAAAAUCACCUUAUACCUCCAAUGCUGAGGAUAGCGCGUUCAACCUCCGCUUUGGCACUUCCCCUUACAAGUGGUAUGCUGAGAACCCCAAGCGUGGUGCUCGGUUUGCCUCUGCCAUGGCUGGUUAUGUUCAAAUGAACAGAGAUACAGCCGAGCUGCGCAACCGCUUCCCCUGGGCCGAUCUCGCCAACAAGAAGGUGGUCGACGUCGGCGGCGGCAGUGGCCACAUCUCUAUUUUCCUUGCAACCGAAUUCCCCGAACUAAACUUCGUCGUCCAAGACGUCAACACAAUCAUGCUCGAGCAAGGCCCCAAGCGAGACGACUUCUCUCUCGUCCAAGACCGCGUCUCAUUCAUGCAAUACAGCUUCUACGAGCCCCAGCCCGUCACUGACGCCGGCCUCUUCUUCCUCCGACAAGUCAUCCACAACUACCCUGAUGACGUCUGUGUCAAGAUCUUCAAGGGUUUUGUCCCCGCUAUGGAGAAAUGCGCCGCCGACACCAGCUUGCUCAUUAACGAUAUGCUGCUGCCCCCUGCUAACGUGGAGCCCAAGGUUGAUGAGCACCACCUGCGCCAGAUUGAUAUCCACAUGUUGAAUGGAUAUGCGGCUAAGCAGCGCACUCUUGCUGAGUUUACUCAGCUCUUGAAGGAGGCUGAUGAGCGAUUCGAGGUAGGUUUUUUCUUCUCUUGGGUGAAGCAUCAUAUCCUAAUGUGUGAUUUCUGA